AUGUCUAGCCAUCAGAAAAGGAAACAAAGCCACUCUGAAGACUCUGUUUCGGAACAAGCAUGCACUCGCUGCCGUGAGCGCAAGAUUCGUUGUAGCCGAAGGCUCCCACAAUGCAAUAAUUGCGAGCAAGACGAUAGCGUGACAUGCAUUUAUCAAAAUCCUACCAAGAGAGUGAAUCACCUGAAGUCAUUAUUUGACAGCGUGAAUGGAGUCAAAGAUCGGCUGAUCAAUAUAGAAUCACAUCUCGGCCGCCUAUCUAACAACAUCGCGCAGAAUACAGAUCAGGAUAACUCUUGCUCUAACUUAUCGACCCGACAAGCAUCCAAGGGUGGAAGCUUUGAUGGGGAAGACGAUGAAGAUUGUCCGGCAAGCCCUUCCCCAUACAGCGACGACUAUGCCGACUUUCACGUCUUUCAUAAUCAGGCGGAUAGAAUAGAUUAUUAUCACGGCCCAUUGUCGUUGUUUGUUCUCUGCAAGCAAUUCCGAUCUUGCGCCGUUUCUGCAAACGAUGCUGAAUGCAAUACUGCUUUGCAAGAUAUGCUGCAGAAUUUGUGUGAAAGGGCCGGUGUAGUCGAACCAUUCCCACCCUUUGGGAGCCAGCCCGUUAUCAACCUCCUACCAAAACAACAAUUUACCACCAUUAUUGGUCAUUUCUUUCAGCAUGUUGACUGUGCAACCGAUAUUUUUGUGAAGAGCAAUCUCCUUGCCCAAGUCGAACGUAUAUACUCGCAUAAUCCUGAGCCUGGUGAUGAUGUGUGGGCCAUCUGCUUCCAGGCCAUUACAGUGCUUGUUUGGGGUAUGGAAAUUUCUGCCCAAUCAGGUAACGGUCUAUUUGGCGACUUUGCACGUUCAUUCCUUCCGAGUCGAGCUGCGCUGGUCAAUUCUCGAUUACUGACCACACCAAGACUUAUCAACGUACAGACUUUGAUACUUCUAAGCGUCGCAGCACAACAAUUUGACCCGCCGGGGUGGGCUGAGCUUAUUUUCACCAACGCUUGUGUGCUUGCAAGAACCAUGGGACUUCACCAAACACAAAUCUUUCCCGAUGAAACCAAUACAUUUGAUGCAUUGGAACGAGCAAAAGUCAUACAAUCGCUUUACGUCCGGGACAAAAGCUUGUGCACUACUCGAGGUUCUGUUUCCUGGCUGCCGACCCACGAUUGCAAUAUUGCUCCCCAAUUAAGCGCUGCAAUAGAGCGCCAUGUACCCUAUUCAGACACAAUGCAACUAGCAAUGAUUCAAGAUGAUGUUUAUCGCUUGACGCACACUGCCUCAUUUCGGACAAGCAAGUCUAGAAAACCACAAGCUUCCAAACUGUUGCGAUCCAUUGAACGCCAACUGGACCAAUAUACACAAACGUUUGGUUUUCUGAAUUGCCAGGCCUCUUUUUAUGACCCCCGCCGGUCCAUGUUGACUUUGGAGUUUCUGGCUACUCGUAUACUUGCUUUACAGCAUGGAUCUGGGCAAAAUCAUGCCGAACAAUUACGUUCCGAUGCAAGAGCCAGUUGCCUCUUAUUACUGAUAGCAAACGGAGUUCAAGAUCCUCAAGAUAUCGAUAAUUUCAACGCUCUAGCUUGUCAGAAGACCGCCACUCCCAAUCGGGACGAGAAGUCAUCCACCACUGAAGCGAACAUAGUCUCUUUUGCCAGUAUACUUGACGCCUUUCCACUGCCAGCAUUCUUCAUACUACUCAAAGACCUCCUAAAGUCCUCAGAUAAUGACCACGGGUCUAAUUCCGAUCUCGAUUUAUUGCGCAGAGUGUCUGCCUGCUAUAUACACAGCACAGAGCGGAUGCAAUCUAACAGCUAUCAUCGCAAGGUCGCCUGGACAUUCGAGCAGCUGCUUAUAAUAAUCAAUCUGAUAAAGUAUUCCGAACAGCAUCAACCAAUUUCCAUGGCUUCAACAGCAUCGAUAUCUGAUAUGAUAAUGUCUCUCAAUACCCAAACUGAAGACUUCUUCAAGAUCUCCCCCCCAGGCUCAAUAGGAGAUGGAUCAAUUUUCUCUUUCUCACCACAACCUGCUGCGAGCACGCCUUUCUCCUGGGAUAUUGGCUCAUCUCUCCCAUCUUCGUUAGGACCAUAUACACCUUUUGGCUCGGCAAAUUCAGCAGAUGCCUCAGAUGCUGGUAUAUCAGAUCUACUCAACCAGCUAAGACAAAGCGGUGCUAACGGUAGCCCGGAACAAGUUAUGACAUGGCCUGAACUGGCACCUGAACUCCCUAGGAAGCGUCUGCGAACCCAUGAAGAGCCAGGUAUCUCAACAGAGAAGAAUGGGUCGAUUCAGAUGACUUUUAAUCCUCAAGGCAAGAAGUUUUCUUCGACCAAUGUAGUUUAG